UGAAAACUGUCGAUGAUUAUCAGAGAGCAUCGCUGUAAUAAGAUAGCAGCUGGAGAUACAGGGUACUUUUUAGAAUUCAAAACCAGAAGUGAAGGAUCAACAAUGAGAUGACAAAAGACUACGAAAGUAGGUUCAUCAGGCUGAGCUGCUGAGACUAAUAGCACAAGAUGAAAGGAGCUGCAAAGGGAGGUCUGGCAAAGCCUGGGCUCCACUGCCCUGAGAAAGGGAGGCCAGUCCCUCCCACCACUGGAGGGAUGAAGACCUCCAAAUCAUCCAGCUCGCUGUCUUCAGAGGUGCGGCUCAGCAAGCUGAAGAGAGCCAGCAGUGAUGACACGUUGGCUAAACCAGGGUUGGGUUCGGCACUGGCUACCUCCAGGAUGAGGAAGACCGUCACCACUGGGGCGAUCUCCGAGCUUGCUGAGGCCAGACCACGGGGUAUCCCAGGAGUUCCGUCUGCAAAGAGGUCUGGGAUUCCAGCCCCUAGAGAAAUACCGUCCACUAUAUCAAGGGACAGAGUUUCACUACGAGAUCAGUUACGGGCAUCUGGCACUAGGAAAAUGCUGCCCAGCACUAGCACUUCAAGCAUUUCAUCACUGAGCAAGCACACCCGCACCCCCGUGAAAACGAAAGCGGACAACGAAGCGAAUGACAAGUCGGUCCUGGAGUGUCAGGUCAAAGAACUCCUCGCCGAAGCCAAAGCCAAGGAAUUUGAAAUCAACAAGCUGCGCACUGAGCUGAAGUGCUUCAAAGACAAAGGGACACCAGAUGCAGAGUCCCCUGAGAGCCUGGAUCAGGAGAUGGAUCAGGAUCUGGUGACCCAGCCUGCCGAGUUGCAGUCCCUGAUAAAAAUGCUGCGCGAGAAAAACAGAUCUUUCCAGCAUGAGCUUGCAGUGCUCAGGGAGGAAAACCAGCGUGUAAAAGAAAAACUCUUAACGCUGGAAUUGUCACCUCUCUCAAGCAGCGACGGUACCAACAGCCUCCCAGCCUCUUUAGGUAGCCCCACCAAGCAUCCAGUAAAUGGGGUCAUUCUGGACAAUGCAAGGCCUCCCGUCAAUUGCAAUCCUUUAAAGAACUCCACCUCUUCAAGCAGCGAUAUAACCAAGGGAACUCCUUCUCCCGAUUCAUCGGAGUUCGAGAACAUAGUCCCAUCCAGGACUUACUCAGUUAGCACCGGUAUCGGUAAGGGCAAAGGCUCUGGCGGUCAGAAUACACCGCACUACUCAAGAGAGUUGUCUAUGGAGUGCCUCACCGAGCAGAUCCAGAAGAUGGAAGAGAGCCACCACAGCACGGCCGAGGAGCUGCAGGCCACCUUACAGGAGCUCUCAGACCAGCAGCAGGUGGUGCAGGAACUGACUGCCGAGAAUGAGCGCCUGGCCACGGAGAAGUCCCUUCUACAGAGCUCUCUGAGCCAGCAGAGGGAGCGGGUGGAGCACCUGGCCCAGAAGAACGAGGGCCUGAUGAGCCGUCUGCAGGAGCAAUCCCAGAGCGAGGAGGCCGAAGCCAGAGCUGCAAGGAUUAGCGAGCUGGAGCAGAGGUAUUCCGAGCUGGUGGAGAGCUCCAGGUUCGAAAGAGAGAAGCUGGUUGACAUCCAGCAGCAGCUGACAGGCAGCCUGAGAUCUUUGGAGAAGGAGCACCAGGAAAGUCAAGGGCUCAUCAAAAGCUUGAAGGAGGAGAAGGAGCACAUUCAAAGAAAGCUAGAGGCAGAGGAAGAGGCCAACAAUAAGGUUACCAGGAGGUUUGAGGAUUGCACGGCCAUCACAGAGGCGCUGAAGGUGGAAAAUGGGAAGCUGAAGGUGCAACUGGAUGUUGAGAAGCAGAAAGUGGUGGAGCUGAAAGCGAUGCGGAGUGCGAGUGAUAAUUCUGAGUUACAGAACCUGCUGAAGGCUGCGCACUCAGAGAAGGAGAGGUUAGACCUAGCUUGCACAGAACUGAAACAGGAGCUGCUGCAGGCCAGCGGGGAAGCAGAUCGGGUGCAGGGAAUGUUGAACAAGGUGGAGGUGGAGCGCCAGCAGCUGCAGCAGCUCUGUGACCAGCAGAGGGAGCAGCUGAGCAGCAGUGCCCACAAGCUGCAGGAGAGGACCUGCGAGAAGGAUUCGGAGAUCAAGGACUUGAAGGAGACCAUCUUCGAGCUGGAGGACCAGGUGGAGCAGCACCGAGCUGUCAAACUGCAUAACAACCAGACCAUCAUGGACUUGGAGAAUCAAGUUAUGAAAUUGGAAGAGCAAAAAGCGGAUCUGGAGAAACGACUGAAGGCACUAAACAAACAGAUGAAGGAAGACGCAGAGGAGUGGAGGCGAUUCCAGGCUGACCUGCAGACAGCGGUGGUGGUGGCGAAUGAUAUCAAGAUCGAGGCUGCGCAGGAGGUGAGGGCACUGCGCAGGAGGCUGCAGGAGGAGCAGGACCACAGCGCCAGCCUGGCCCGGGAGCUGCAGGAGCUGCAGGGGAGCAGUCGGUUUGCAACGUCCCCGGCUAAAGAAGUCUCCAAGAUCCAUCUUUAAGGAUUUCUUGUCAUGGCUCUACUCAAUGGAAAGAGAUCCAGCCUCGGAUCAAGUUAACCUGGAGAGGCGUGCAUGUGUCUUAUUACAAACUGAGCUGGUUUUGAACAGAAACAGCAUUUUCACACAAGUCUUCAUCAGUAUUAAAUGACAAAAAUCAUACCUCCUUUUAUUAUUUGUAUGCCUUGUGAAAGAGUAAAUCAGUAUUGUGUGACUGUUUAGACUCUACCGAGUUUUCACUUUCCCCCGAUGUGCCUUUUUAUACCAAAUAUAUCUAUUCACUUAAAAACAAACAAGAAUUUUACUAUUUUAUAUAUUUUUGUGUAUGUUACAUUCUUCUAUUUUUCUGAAACUCUGCUUAUGUUUACUGCUUAAAAGUCACCUUAAAUGAUAUUGUGUAUGUUUGUGGAUAGCCUUUCUAGAUAUACAGGGAAUGUAUACCAUGUAUAUUAAUGAUGCCGAUAAUGCAUUUUGUUCCAUAAGAUGUUGUGGAUUUACCACUAGUGCUGUGACCCAGAGACACAAAGGUCAGCCUCUUAAAGCAGCUGAACCCUCACAAAGGAAUGCAGUGUGUGUUCUAAAUGCUGACAGUUCACAUAGAACUGUCAGGCUGUUACUAUGGAGAUACUACCACUUGUAUGUUGCUGGUUUCCUUUAACUUGUUGAAUGUACAGUACCUGUGUUUAUAUACAUAUCUGGAAUCAAAGUUAAAACAUAUCCAUUCUUAACAAUGCAGGUGAACGUAUAUACAGUUUAAAAGUAUCAUUUUGAAUACUAUACUGUAUAGAAAAUGUUGCUCUUCUUAGAAUAUAACACCAAGCAUUUGUGAAUUUGGUGAUGUAAAAAUGUGUGUUCACAGGGAUUGUUUGAACUAGUGGAUUUCUUUGUGGUUUGUGACAUGCUGCUUAAGAAACGAUAUUGUAUAUUCACUAUAUUAGGAUAGACAGAUAUUACUUACUCAAAGAAAAAUAAUACUUAGAGUAUGUUAAAAAUGAAAAUUAAAUUAUUUAAUUUAUUGAAAGUACAAUAAUUAUAAGAAUCUUUUGAGUGUAGUAUCCACUUAUUCUGUUAUAGUGACGGCUUCCAAAGCAAUCCAGUCUUUUUUGUUUGGUAUACUUGUUGUAAACUUUAUUAAGUGUAGUACACAUUUUUUACCACUUGGUGGCACAGUCAGAUAAAAUCAUUGCUAAACUGUAUUAAACAGUCUUGUUUUUAUCUUGGAAUUGCACAUGCAGAGGUGGCGGAACCAGUUUUUGCUUUAUCAUUAAAUAGCUGUUUGUUGUUGUUUUUUUUAUAUACACUUGGCAGAUACGGAAUCGAUUCCCUGGUAUAUGUGCACAGAAAUGUAGUAGCAGUAGCUGAAUUGUAUCCGAUAUUGGAUAUAGAAUCAUAACUGCCAGGCACAGCUUUAGGAAAUCCCAGUAGAAUUCAUUACUGUUGCUGUUCUCCGGACAUCAUUGCUAUAAAGCCCAGUACAUGUGAUGUAAUUUAUUUAUGUAAAAGUAUACAGAACCCUAAGGAGAGCCCAUGUUGUAAAGAUUUGAAUAGUGGCUGUUUUCAGAGGUGCGUCCGUGUAAGUUUAACAGUGGGUGCUGGUUCCUACAGGAGAUUUAGUGCUGGCACACAGGGCAUGGCUUUCAAAUGGAGUUAAUGACCUCCUGGCUUUCACGUUAAGUCCAGAGCAACUAGUGAUUAACGUGACAUGGCCUGCCUCUGAUCAGCUUCCUGUUGUUCUACCCCGAGCAAGUUCAAUAGCUGUGAUGUCUAGGGACUGCGGUGACCCUGUUAUAUACUUCAGCACAAGCUCCUUUUCUUCCUGUUCACAUAACCUCUGAAGGGUGAAGGGUCAUUCCCCAGAAAAGAAUUGGACAUCCCCUUGAAGCUAUUCUAUGAUGCUUUAAUGCACAAGAAUAGGAUGCCUUGAGAGUAUCUGCUACUCAGUUUGAUGUGUUAAAAUUGUGUUUUAUAUACAGUGCUGUGCUUGAAUGUUUCCUGCGGUAAUUAAUAAUUUUAAAAAUCUGUAGAUGCAUUUUUUUUUUUUUUUUUUACAUCGCCAUUACUUGAGUGUUUCUUUGUGAAACAAUUAUCUGAAAUGUGUAAGUUAUACACAUCUGCAUUGUGGAAUCCUUUGUGUAUAGCAAAGUGUUAUUGUGUAAUGUUUUGAUCAUGUAUUAAAAUGAGAUUGAAGUCCUCUGUGUGCCUUUAGACCAAUACAAUUGCACACAAGAGGCCCUCAUUUUAAUGUCUUAUCCAAGGACAGGGGUUUUGAAAGAUUACAGUAAAGCCAUAUACCUACAAAGUGUGCUACCAAUGUGCCACAAUCCUGAAUUGAAGGGUGAGAGAAUUGUUUCGGCAAUUUGCCAGGGGUUGGCCAGUCCUUGAACUUGGAGCAUGUGGGACCAAAGCCUUAAACCUGAAAUCUAUAAAGAGAAACGAAAUCCCUGUCGACCACUGUGACACACAAUCACUAGCCAGGGCUCUUACUGGACUACUCGAAUACCCAAUGGUUAGUUUUUAUUUUUUUGUUUUGCCAAAAAGAAAUUUACAGGAAACAAUGUUGUUGUUGUUGUUUUUUAUCAUUUAUCGUGGUUAUUCUGUACAAAUGUGUACCUUUUUCAAUGUAAUAAAUACGAAAAUGUUUGUAACUA